CAAAUACUCUGGGUCCGAGUCGGAUCUUCGAGCCAAAUCGAGUUCUGCCCACCCCUAGCCACCACAACGACCCCAAUUGCAGCAGCGCCAUGGCCGCAUGGCCCUCGUUAUAUACGAAUGGUGGAUUUCCUCUAAUUUUUUUAAAAGUUGAGGGUUAUUUUGGUAAUUUAAAACCCUAAAUGCAACAUAUCAGCUCCUGACUCCUGAGCUUCCUCACCAUCCUUCGCUCAGGAAAACAGCGUGUUCCUUCCUCGCCAACCCAAAAAUUUCGUCUGUCGCUUCCUCUUCCUCUCUGCGCUGCACUGCUGCGAUGAUGCCGGAAUAACCAUCGGCGGCGCGCCUGGCACCACCGUCCGGCUCCACUUCCUCUUUCUCCGUCUUCCCUCUCUUGCAUUCUCUCUGCCGUUCUGUCGAACAAGAACCGAAGCCGCUGCUCGCCGUCUCUGCUCGGCGCCGCUCCUUGCCACUGGUUCCCUGUUUCUCUCUGGUUCGUUUAUAAAGGGUGACUGUAUUGGUAUCCGGCCGAAUUAAAGUGUGGUGAUGGGAGCAAGGUGAUCAGUCCACGAAAUCAUAUCAGCUGUCUCUGGACUCCAAAAUAGUAGUCGGAAGAAACUGAGAAAUAGAAUGAAAUCCUUGGGGUCGGGGGAGAAAAGUAAAUCCCUUCAUAGCAAGGAAGAUGAUUCUACAGCUAACGGGAAAUGUAGUAGCAAAUUCUACGAUGUCUAUGGGCCCGAAGGCAAGGCAGAUGUUGUUUUCAAGUCACCAGAAGAUAAUUCAACACUAAAUCUCAAUGAUAUUCAAGGACUAAUAACUUGGGUGCUUGGGGAAGGAUUUAUGCCAUCUUGGGUUUUUAUAAAGAAUAAACCUCUUAUUCCCAAAGUGGUUAUGCUCUAUAUGCCAGGUUUGGAUGCAGCUUUGUUUCUGUCACAGUCUAAAAUGCUUUCCAGUUUAAAGUACUGUGGGAAACCAAGGCCAGUCCUAGCUCUUAGCUGUGUAUCAGAUAGUAUGCAGACAAUAGAUGCACUCCUAACAUGCAAGGUCAAAAGAAAGAGGGAUCAAACUGGUUCAGUUAAGAGGAAUUCUGCAUUGUUAUCUCAACAAGGAGGAGGCAAGCUUGGUAUUGAGAAUUUAUCAUUUAUGGAUCUUACGAAAGACAUACCUUUCCCUAUUACAUAUUAUACGCUAACGGAGAAAGAACUGGAAGAUAAUGGGUAUUCCAUUAAUCAGCCAGGUUUUCUUUCUACUUUGCCAGCUCCGUCGGGAUCUUCUUUUCAUGAGAUCUUAGCGCUUGAUUGUGAGAUGUGCAUAACAACGGAGGGUUUUGAGCUGACAAGAGUUACGCUAGUGAAUAUCAAUGGACAGGUUGUGAUAGAUAAAUUGGUUAAGCCAUCAAAUGAUAUCGUUGAUUACAACACAAGAUUUAGUGGAAUAACAUACGAGAUGUUAGAUGGGGUGACGACAACGCUGAGAGAUAUUCAGAAAGAAUUUCUAGAACUGGUUUACAAAGAGACUUUCCUUGUUGGACAUUCUUUGGAAAAUGAUUUACUGGCAUUGAAGAUAUCACAUGACUUGAUAAUUGACACAGCGGUGUUAUACAAAAAUCCACGAGGAGCUUCUUAUAAAACUGCUCUACGGCAUCUUGCUAAAAGAUUUCUUUCAAGGGAAAUACAGAAUUUGGCAAGUGGACAUGACAGUGUUGAAGAUGCUAGAGCAACCAUGGAAUUGGCACUAUUAAAGAUCAGAAAUGGUCCCGACUUUGGUUCCCCUCCAUCAUUUAUGCGUAAAAAGCUCCUCUCUGUUUUGAGCGAGUCUGGCAAAAUAUCUUCCUUGAUUGAUGAUAUAUCCAUUGUAAGACGAUAUGCCUCUGAGUCUUCUCAUGCAAUUCCAGUGACCUCUGAUGAUGAAGCACUUGCAAAGACCAACAAGGAGGUGAAGAAUGAAAAGGUACACUUUAUAUGGACUCAGUUUUCAGAGUUACAAUCAUACUUACAGAAACAAGCUGAAGAUUCAGAGGACUUGAAUAUAAGACUUGCAGAGAUGAUGGCAUUAUUUACAUGUCAGAAGAAUCGUGACAAUGGUAAAGGGAAGAUGAGUGCACCUGCCGAACUGAAGGAAAUUCUGGCACGCAUGGAUGCCAGAAUUCGUUCUGUGUAUACAUCCUUGCCCACAAAUGCUAUGUUGAUAAUUUGCACCGGUCAUGGAGACACAGCAGUUGUUCGCAGGCUGAGGAAAAUGCUGGUUGAGCAGGGUGAGAGUAACUUUUGUCGAGACAAGCUUGUGGAAAUUCUGGAAGAGGUUCAGGCGCGAGCUGAAGUAGCUUUGUGUUUUGUAGGUGUAAAGCACUAAGUAGAAGUAAUACAAUACUGAUUAUUCUUGAUAAUUUGUUGCAUGAUGUCUUAGCCUCGUCGGGGCAAAAAAGGGAACCCUGGUUGUGCAAAUGAUUCUAAUAUACUGCUCCCGCAUUUCAAAAUAUAGUCACUUCUAUUUAUUUUGGUUCCUUGAUGGUCAA